UCUUUCAAUACAUUCAUGGGGGCGGGUCCGUGGACAUUGUGGCUAUAUAGUCUACUGCAGAGACCGGCCUGCCCACCUCCAAGUCACUGCCCUUGCAAGGAAGCUGAAGUUGUUUGCAGCAGCAUCAGUCUGAAAGCUGUGGUCAACAUGCCUGGAAGCUGCACCUCUAUCAUCAACCUGCGUUACCAAGAUGGCAGUGAAGGGAGCGCCUCCAACCCGGCCAGGUUUAACAACCAAGACUACGCGCAGCUGAGAGAUAACUACCGCCGCAGAAGGACGCAGUUUGUGGACAACACCUUCCCCCCCAACAACCAAUCUCUGGGGGACCUGCCUAAUUUAAGCCGUUGGCAGGAAGCCCAAGUGGAGUGGCUCCGACCAGCAGACAUCUUGAAGGCACAAAAAAAAAGCAGGGAUCCUAUUUUCUGUAGCAAAGGAGCCUCCCGGUUUGACUUUGAUCAAGGCAGCGUGGGUAACUGCUGGUUUCUGGCUGCAAUUUCCUCCCUGACAUUCCACAAAGGCCUGUUAGCUCAAGUUGUGCCUAUGGACCAGAACUUCAGUGAUAAUGCCGGGAUAUUUCAUUUCAGGUUCUGGAGGUUCGGCGUGUGGGUAGAUGUUGUCAUUGAUGACCACCUGCCAACGCUGAACAAUGGCUUGAUGUUUGUCAGCUCCAAGGAUGGAACCGAGUUCUGGGCUCCUCUGCUGGAGAAAGCUUACGCCAAAGUGUGCGGCUCAUACGCGGACAUGAGCUCUGGAUUGCCGUCAGAGGCCUGCAAGGACUUCAGUGGAGGCUUGAACAUGGAUUACAAACUCCAUGAGGCCCACUCGGCGGGCCACGACGAGGAGCUGUGGAACGCGCUGAGCAGAGCCACCAGGUGCCAGUCGAUGAUCUGCUGCGGAACUGCCCAGAAGGGGGGGGAGUUGGUGAACUCAGUACAGGACACUGGGAUUGUGGAUGCACAUGCUUAUUCCGUGACAGCAGUCACUGAGGUGGAUUAUUACGGCUCUAAAGUGAAGCUGGUGCGUCUCAUGAAUCCUUGGGGCCGGACGGAGUGGAAGGGGAAGUGGAGUGACAAGUCUGACAUGUGGAGUAAAGUGAGGCCAGAAGAUCGGAAAAACUUUGUUGACCGCAAUGACGGAGAGUUCUGGAUGGAGUUGGAGGACUUCUGUCAUUAUUUCCAAAACUUGUUCAUCUGCUGUGAGAACCCCAACUUCAUUGACGGUGACGUCAGCUGCCAGUGGAAAUCCAUGACUUACGAUGGCAGCUGGGUGGCAGGAAUAACUGCCGGCGGCAACAUGUCUUACUCUACCUUUGAGGCGAACCCCCAGUAUCGCUUGCAGGUUACUAAAAUAAACAAGGAGGAGCAGAACGACCAAAACAUCUUCCUUUCUCUGAUGCAAAAACCUCAGAAACAAAAUCGCAAAACAACAAAAACCCACCCGAUUGGACUUACCGUCUUUAAGAUUCCUCCAGGGACACCACAAGGACGCGUGAUGUUCUCCUUCUUCCAAAGAAACAGGCCCAUGAAGCAAAGACAGCUUUACACCAACGAAAGGGAUCUGAUUGAGUCGUACAGUCUGGAGCCGGCCGAGUAUCUGAUCGUCCCCUCCACUCUCAAGCCCAACAUGAGUGGAGACUUUGUUCUCACCGUCUACACCAAGACGGAUGCUAAGAUGAGCUCCCAUGAUGAAGAUGAUGGCGGUGAUCAUGAGCACAAAGAGGAGGAGAGCUUAAUUCUUCCCACGCCGCCUAAGGACAAGGACAAGGACAAGGAGGAGACCACCGACAGGAAUACCAUCCAAGCCUUGUUCAGCAGAUACGCUGAUCAGUUUGGUCGGCUGGCGGCCGGACAGCUCCAGAAGCUCCUGAAUGACAACUUCCCUCACGGCACCCGCUCUGGUUUUGGUUUGGAUACCUGCAUGAGCAUGAUGGCCAUGGUGGAUACCAACCAAACAAUGAGGAUGACUUUCACGGAGUUCUCAACUCUCUGGGAGAAGAUCACCAAAUACAAGAAACGCUUUCAUCUUGCGGAUGUGAAUGAGAAUGGAUCUCUGUCUGAACGUGAGCUCCAGAAGGCCAUGGAGGAUGAGGGAAUGGACACUGACGACUUCAUGGUGAGGCUGAUGACGGCCCGCUACUCGGGGAUGUCGAACACCUCCAUGGAGAACUUUAUCACUCUCAUGUUACGCCUGGAGAAGAUCUCGGAUGUUUUCAAGGACAAAUCCUCAAACGGAGUGAUCCACUUGUCCUGGACCGAGUGGUCCAACUUGUCCAUGUACAACUAGAACAAAGGGUGACACUGGAGACCCUCUAGAGAAGCUGUUACUGGAAUCAAUGUCUUCAGGUGCAAAACCUCUAAAGCAGCAACACAUCUAUAACGUGUAUGUAAUCUCGAAAUAAAAGUUACCUCCUGAA